AUGGCGGCAGCAGGCGGCACGUCCGACCUCGACAGGAUGAUCGAGACCCUGCGGCGGUGCGAGGUGCUGAAGGAGAGCGAGGUUAAGCUCCUGUGCAGCAAGGCGAUGGAGAUUUUGGUGGAGGAGAGCAACGUGCAGCGGAUAGACUCGCCCGUGACGAUAUGCGGUGACAUACACGGACAGUUCUACGACCUCAUGGAGCUCUUCAAGGUGGGCGGCGACUGUCCCCAGACGAACUACCUGUUCAUGGGGGACUUCGUCGACCGCGGGUUUUACAGCGUGGAGACAUUCUUACUCCUGCUGGCGCUCAAGGUUCGGUACCCCGACCGCAUAUUCCUGAUCCGGGGUAACCACGAGAGCAGGCAGAUCACGCAGGUGUACGGCUUCUACGACGAGUGCCUUCGCAAGUACGGCAGCGUCAACGUGUGGCGCUACUGCACGGACAUCUUCGAUUACCUGUCCCUCUCGGCGCUCAUUGACAACCGCAUCCUCUGCGUGCACGGCGGACUCUCCCCGACGAUCACCACCGUCGACCAGAUACGGACCAUCGACCGGAAGCAGGAGGUACCGCACGACGGCGCGAUGUGCGAUCUGCUGUGGUCCGAUCCCGAGGACGUGACGGGUUGGGGACUGAGCCCCAGGGGAGCGGGGUACCUCUUCGGCGGCGACGUGUGCCAGCAGUUCAACGCGGCGAAUAACAUCGACCUGAUCGCCAGGGCGCACCAGCUGGUGAUGGAGGGGUACAAGUGGAUGUUCGACGAGCAGCUCGUCACCGUGUGGUCGGCGCCCAACUACUGCUACAGGUGCGGAAACGUCGCGGCGAUCAUGGAGCUGGACGAGAACCUGGGAAAGAGCUUCAAGGUUUUCGAGGCGGCGCCGCAGGAGGCGAGGGGAGUGCCCGCGAAAAAGGCGGCGCCCGAUUACUUCCUGUGA